AUGGCAAGUCAGGCAGUAUAUGCGAAUGCAUGGUACCGACCGCAAUCACGCAAAGGUCCUGAGGUCCCCUACCACAAUGAUGCGGGCUCGAACCCGGUGCUCCGGGGUUUCGCGUUGGCGGCUGUCUCGAGAAUAAUCGCAUCGUCCUCAUACAUUCAGAAUGUCCUUUGGAAGCUGAACAAGUUCGACAAGCUCAAAGAAACACCCGGACUUGAGGAUUAUGAGAUGCGGCUUGAUCCGACAGUAAUCCCAAUCUCAUCGACUGCUGUUCCAGCUAUAGCAGUCUCAGACUUGCCGGUGCCUCGUCCUCGGGAAUCAUCCAAUAAUUAUUAUACUUGCGCGGACUUCCGUGAGCUGUACAAGUCUGGCAAAGUCACUCCGUCGGAUGUUAUUGAGCAAUUAUUACCUUUGAUUCGGCGGGACACGACGCCUGCUGGCCCCUACUCUGUCGCAUUCAUUGAUACCAAGGUAGAAAUUGUGCGAGCAGCUGCUAAAGCAUCGACUGAAAGGUAUCGUGCCGGAAAACCACUCAGCGUGCUUGAUGGAGUUCCUCUAGCGGUGAAGGACGAAGUUCACCUAAAGGGUUACAAGAGGACUCUCGGCACAAAGCUGGAUUACUCGGAUCCUGGCGACCGGACCGCCUGGUGUGUCGAAAAAUGGCAGGAGGCCGGAGCAAUCAUCAUAGGCAAGACGAAUAUGCAUGAGGUCGGCCUGGACACCACUAACAACAAUCCGAACUGGGGCACGCCGUUGAAUCCGCACAACAAUGGCUACUAUACUGGCGGAAGUUCAGGAGGAUCGGCCUUUGUGGUCGCGUCGGGAAUCUGCCCUAUAGCUUUGGGAGUUGACGGUGGUGGUUCGAUCCGUCUGCCUUCUGCCUUCUGUGGCAUCUACGGUCUCAAGACGACCCACGGUCGUGUCUCUUCGCGGGUCGACUUUGAAAAGACGGACAGCGUUGUUGUCAAUGGUCCAAUGGCUAGCAGCAUUGACGACCUUGCAUUGGGAUAUCGGAUCAUGGCCCAACCAGACCCUUUGACCAGCCGAAGCUCCCGGUUCCCGACCUCAUUGAUCUCGGAGGCUUCAUUAUCUGAGAUACCCAAGGGCAGAAAGGUUCUAGGCCUGGAUCGAGAUUGGAUCAACAGAGCUGAUCCUGAAGUGCUUGACAUGUUCAAUGCUGCUGUUGACCACUACGUCAGGAACUUAGGUUAUGAGGCGGUGGACAUCAGCAUUCCAUAUCUUCCGCAAGGACAGAAGGCUCAUGCACUGACAAUCUUGUCUGAAUCCAGGAGUCAGCACAGCGCAGCUAAUAUCAAGCAUCUGAGCUGGCACAACCAACUCCUGCUCAAUGUAGCUGGUAGCCAUGCCACCGCCCAAGAUUUUAUCUUUGCCCAAAAGAUGCGCAAUCUCCUCAUGUGCCACCUUGCAUGGCUGUGGGAGCAAUACCCUGGGCUGUUGCUGCUGUCACCAACUACACCGUGUGCGGGAUGGAAAAUUGAGAAACCCGGCGACAUCACCAGCGGAUACGGUGUCAGCGAUGGAGACCAGAGUCUGAGGGCCAUGGAAUACGUCUAUCUCGCCAAUUUCACGGGGGCCCCAGCCAUUAGUUGCCCGAUGGGCUACACUGAUGCAAAUUUGCCAGUUGGAUUGAUGGCUAUGGGCGAGUGGGGCAGCGAAGAGCAGCUGUUGGCGUUUGGCAAAGAGGGUGAGGCGCUGCUGGCAGGCGAAGGUGGCAUUCGGCGGCCGAAGGGCGACAAGAUGUGGGUUGAUGUCCUCGCAGACCAGAAGACUGUUCAAUAG